AUGAAAAUGACUGGAUCGUUUACUCUUGUCAAAACUCCUGGAAAAAAGAUAUCAUUAGAACAAUAUGGUCAUACUUGUCCCAAAUGUAAAAGCAUUGAAUCAGUUCGACUGACAAGAUCAGAAAGACGAUGGAUCCUGUUUAAUAAGUGCAUAUCAAGUAUCAAUCGAGUUCGAUAUGAAUGUUCAAGUUGUAAUUGGAAAAAUGAACAGUUGCCUCAGCCCAACCUUCCGUUUGAACUAGAUGAUCCUUACUGCUUAACAUCACCAUCAACACCAUCGACACCAUCAUCUCAUAGGCUCUCUUCUGCAUAUUAG